GUAACGGUGGCGUUUACUCGAGUUACCGACUAUAGAGUCUUAACGGCGUCUGAUCUAACGUUAGACUCAUAUCUACUUCUCUCUUUGAUUCUUCGUCCUACUAAAAGCUGCUGGAAGUUUCUCUUUUCUCCCUGAUAAGCUUGGAUCAGAUCAAGAUGGAAGCUCUCACAUUCAAGGGCUCUGUGAUGGAAGCCAUAUUGGAAGCCAAAGGACAGAAGAAGCUUUUUGUAGUUUACAUCUCUGGAGAGGAUGAAGAUUCAGAUAAGUUGAACAACUUGACAUGGACUGAAGCAUCCGUGGCAGAGUCGCUGUCCAAGUAUUGUGUUUUAUUGCAUCUACAAGCUGCAAGUGUUGACGCCACAAACUUCUCCGCUAUAUACCCAUAUUCUUCUGUUCCUUGUAUAGCUGCUAUUGGAUUCAGUGGUACACAAGUUUGGAAAAAUGAGGGAUUUAUUGUUGCUGAAGAUCUCGCAUCCAGUUUAGAGAAGGCGUGGCUGGGACUUCAUAUCCAGGAAACGACUGCAAGUAUCUUUUCAGCAGCACUUGCAUCACAAAACUCAGAUCAACCUACUUCUAGUGCUUCCAAUGUUGUCUUGCCUUCUGACGGCCGUACUUCAGAUGCAGUGUCUUCAUCUCAAUCAACUGGAACAAGUGUUCAACCCUCAGAGGCUAAAUCAACAGUGACAUCUGCAUCAACAAAAGAAAAGAGUGAUGACACAGCUGCAAUUAAGGUCAAACAAUCUGCUGAACCCACUAAUCAGGCAGCAUCUUCUGUUGAUGGAACCAAACCCAAUGUCGUGCAUGGAGCAACAGAGACCCCUUCGUCUGUUCAGGCAGAAAAGGAGCCCAUUCGUCCUGCAGCCCCAAGACCGGAUGAUAGUACAUCCAAAUCUUCUACAGAUAGAAAAAGGAAGCAAGAAACCGUGGUAAACAAAGCUGAAAGGGAUAUUAAUUUAGCAAAAUCUGUUGAUGAAAAGGAGAUUGUAACGCCUAAUGAUGAAGGAGAGGAUGAAAAAAGUUGGAGACAAUCAUCUGAUGUCCACUUAAACAUUCGACUGCCUCAUGGUGCUAACCUUCAAGAGAAGUUUUCUGUAACGAGCACAUUGAGAAUGGUCAAGGACUAUGUGGAUAGCAAGCAAACACCAGGACUAGGUGCUUAUGAUCUUGCUGUUCCUUACCCCCGUAAGGUUUAUAGUGACCAAGAUUUUGAUAAGUCUCUGUCCGAGUUGGGUUUGCUCGGUAGACAAGCACUUAUAGUGGUUCCGAGGAAAAGAGCAACAGUCUAUCAAAGAGGACCAUCUUACUCUGAGUCUAACAACAACACGACAGACACUAACAAUGGCGGUUACUUUGCUUAUCUUAGAAGAUUACUCUCUUAUGCAAACCCAUUUUCAUAUCUUGGCGGCGGUACUCCCAAUGCAUCAAGCUCUGCUCCAGAACCUCGAGGCAGUAUGGAGUACAUGCCGGUUGCGUCUAGUGCGGAGCAGAGAAACAAUGUGGCGCAAGCGGCAGAAGGUAGGGGCAACGUUAGGAACAGGAGACCAACCACAUCUAGGAUUGGAAGUAACAUCCAUACGCUGAGACACGACGAAGAAGACGCUCCUUUUGGUGAUGGAAACGCGUUUUGGAAUGGAAACUCAACACAGUAUGGUGGUGAAAGCGGUGGUGGAGACAGUAAUGAUAGGCGAUGAAAAUGAGACAGCUUAAACUCUGUUUGUGUUUAGUGCAACAGAAACAGUUCUGAGUUACUUGACUCUUCUUAUACUUUACUCUCUAUAUGGUUGUUGACCAGCUACAAAAUCUUUCCUUUGUUUCUAUUUUGUUAGUUACUAAUAUAAAACUCCAAACCUAGAAGAUAAAUUUCAGAUAACGAAAAUCUAUUUAAGAAAAAGUUACUUUU